UAUUCAAAGGCCAUGCAAGCCAGCUGUAACCAAUUGCACAGUCCUCCAGGAACGGCAAGCAGUGACGGUGCCUCAGCCUCCGAGUGUGUUCACCCAUCAAGAAUAACAGAAAGUUCUUGUCUUCAUUCUGGAGAUGUACAUAUCCAAAUCAACUCCAUACCUAAAGAAUAUCCUGAAAAUCCAAGCUCUAGAAAUCCAAGGUUAGGUGCCCACAGCUGUACCCAUGGAUGUGUGCACAAUCGUUUCCGGAGUCACUCCCAUAGUGAAGCAAGGCUGCCCGAGGAUACUGCCACAGAGUCUGGAGAACAUGGAAGUGGCUCCUUCUCGGAAUUCCGCUAUCUCUUCAAGUGGCUGCAAAAAAGUCUUCCUUAUAUUUUGAUUCUGGGUAUUAAACUUGUUAUGCAGCAUAUAACAGGAAUUUCUCUUGGAAUUGGGCUGCUAACAACUUUUAUGUAUGCAAACAAAAUCAUUGUAAAUCAGGUUUUUCUAAGAGAAAGGUCCUCAAAGAUUCAGUGUGCUUGGAUACUGGUGUUCCUGGCAGGAUCUUCCAUUCUUUUAUAUUAUACUUUUCAUUCUCAGUCACUUUAUUACAGCUUAAUUUUCUUAAAUCCUACGCUGGAUCAGCUGAGCUUCUGGGAAGUUCUUUGGAUUGUUGGAAUUACAGACUUUAUUCUGAAAUUCCUUUUCAUGGGUUUAAAAUGCCUAAUUUUAUUGGUGCCUUCUUCCAUCAUGCCUUUUAAAUCAAAGGGUUACUGGUACAUGCUUUUAGAAGAAUUCUGUCAGUAUUACCGAAUUUUUGUUCCCGUACCAGUUUGGUUUCGGUACCUUAUAAGCUAUGGGGAGCUUGGUAAUGUAACUAGAUGGAGUCUUGGAAUAUUGCUGGCUUUACUCUACCUCAUUCUAAAGCUUUUGGACUUUUUUGGACAUUUAAGAACCUUCAGACAUGUUUUGCGAGUAUUUUUUACCCGACCAAGUUAUGGAGUAGCUGCCAGCAAAAGACAGUGUUCAGAUGUGGAUGAUACUUGUUCCAUAUGUCAAGCUGAAUUUCAGAAGCCAAUUCUUCUUAUUUGUCAGCACAUAUUUUGUGAAGAAUGUAUUACCUUGUGGUUUAACAGAGAGAAAACAUGUCCACUAUGCAGAACUGUGAUUUCAGAUCGUAUAAACAAAUGGAAAGAUGGAGCUACUUCAUCGCACCUUCAGAUAUACUGAAUUGUAUGAACUGUUAGGGCCGCAAAACACUAACUUUAUUCAGUUACAGUAACUAUUGAUAAAGGUGAUAAAGGUCUUUAUCAUAAUUAGUUUCCAGGACUAGAAAAAAAUGUUUCCAAAUGGUUUUAGACUAUCGCAAGACUUGUUUGUAUUCCAAGAACCCUGUUUUAAAAGUAUAUAUUCAGCUUAAUGAAUAUGCAAUAUUUAUUCAACCUAAUUGACAGGAAAUUACAAGGUUUCUCGUUAGAUUUUGGUCUUUUUGAAAUGGGCUCCCUGUAGCCCCAGCUGGCCUAGAACUAUGUUGACCAGGCUGGCCUGGAUCUCAGAGAUCUGCCUCCCGAGUGCUGGGAUAAAAGUUGUGCGCAAUCAUGCCCAGUGUAAUUGCAGUUUUAACUGUAAAUGUGUUUUCUUGUUGAUGGUACCAAAACAGCAAUUAGACACUAGAACUAGCAGUUUUAAAGGAGUUCAGAUGUUCUUUUCUGGCAUUGUUUUUAGACUAAAGAUUUUUUUAAUAGUAUUUUAAGAUAAAUGGUAUCUGAAGUAAUUUUCUUCAGCAGAGUUUUAUAGCUCCCAUUCUAAAAAUGCUUAAAAUUUUCAUAAAGUAUGUAUUUUUAAAUGAAAGUUCCAAAUGCUAUAUUUUACCUAUAAAAAUCACAUUUUCUAAGUGAAGAUUUACUGAGGAUGAUAUAUUUUAAUACUGUAUUAUUCUCUAUAGCAUGGUUAGUAAUCAGUGAGAAUAAAUGAUUCAGAUCUGUGGA